GUCGGCAGGUUGAAUCACUCUCGGAAACUGAGCUGCGUUCCGAGGCUGGAAUUAGUAGUAUCUUGGUCCUCCGUAGUGCGUCGUCGUAACGCUGCCGAAAUUCGCCCUUCCUGACCGUGCCGAGACGAUGAGGCGUCUUUGAAUUUACCAGUUUUCCUAAAUAUCUUUUUUUCGUACCCUAAUAUUCUCGUCUGAUUACCGCCGCUACCGCCUUCCAGCAUGGGGCGGUACCGCGAAAAACCGUCUCAGUUCCCUUUCCCACUAUCGCACACCUCAUGCUCCGCUAUUGGCGUCCUCCUUUUACUCGUCUACUUCGCAGCCCUCGGACCGCCGCUUAAGCUCAUUCCAAUGGAAAGCCGUCCAGAGCAGCAGCAGCAGCACGGCCAGAAUGCAGACUCCGUUCAUUCUGCCGCCUCUUCCGCCGUCUCUUCGGCCGUCUCUUCCGCUGACUCUUCCGCCGACUCUUCCGCCGCCCGUUCUGGUGACACGGAGGUUAUGCUUGACUCGAAAUGGCCUGAAACGAGCAUGCAAAUAACGGUCCUGCGAGUCGGCCAGCACGCCCCCGAGGGGACCGGGCAGCCAGCCCCGGACUGGGGAAAAUCAGCGAUAGCGGAGAAAUCGACGCAGCAGGUGCGACAGAAAGGGGAUUGGAGAACGAAGAACGCGAGAUCGGGGACGCAGGAGCAGCUGCGUGGGGGAAAUGAGGAGCCGAUUCGGGAACAGGUGAAGGCACCUACUUUUGACUCGACUCAAAAGCAGGACGAGCUGCGUGGGAAAAAUGAGGAGCUGAUUCAGGAGCAAGACAAGACACCUCCGCAACAGGAGGAUGAGAAGCAGGGAACGAAGCAGAUGGGGGGCGCAGAGCCAAGCAGAGGGAACCGCAAGCACCGAAAGAACGUCGCUAUGCCCUCCAGCAGCAGCAACGGCAGCACGAUUUUUGAGGCGCCUCAAAAAGAGCCAACCACAGGCAACCGCAAGCACCGAAAGAACGUCGUUAUGCCCUCCAGCAGCAGCAGCGGCAGCAGCAGUAACAAAAAUAGCCCGGACGCCUCGCGCGCAGUCGACAGCGGCGGCAACGGUGGUAGGGGAAAGGGCGGGGCCAGCGGUAAUGGAGGUACCAGCGAUAACAAAAAGUUCGCGACGGUUAAUGCCACAACAGCGGGACCCGCUUCUCGCGAUAUCUCAGCAGGAUCUGCCGUUUCUCGAGACAAUAUCCCAGCGGGACCCGCCGUUUCUCGCGAAGAUACCUCAGCAGCACCCGCCGUUUCGCGAGACAAUACCUCAGCAGCACCCGCCGUUUCGCGAGACAAUACCCCAGCAGCACCCGCCGUUUCGCGAGACAAUACCCCAGCAGCACCCGCCGUUUCGCGAGACAAUACCCCAGCAGCACCCGCCGUUUCUCGAGACGAUAUCCCAGCAGCACCCGCUGUUUCUCGAGACGAUAUCCCAGCAGCACCCGCUGUUUCUCGAGACGAUAUCCCAGCAGCACCCGCCGUUUCUCGAGACGAUAUCCCAGCCGCGGCAUUCGGCGCGGCGUGCACGGGGCGCAAGCUGUACGUGUAUCCGCUGCCCGCGCGCUUCAACCGGUGGAUGGUGGACGACUGCGUGGAGAGCCGCAUCAAGGGCUUCUGCCUCACCAGCCGGCACGACGGGCUGGGCACGAGGCUCGGGCUCUGGGACGAUGCGGUAGAAAGCCACAGUAACGGGAGUUCCAGCAAAGAAAGCAGCAGUGUAACGACAAGCAGAAGCAGCAGCAGGAAUGCUUUCGCUAGCGAGGGCUGGCGAAAUCAAUGGUUUUUAACCGACAGUUCCAAUAACGAGGAGAUUUUCCACUCGCGUCUCCUGCAGCACCCCUGCCGAACCUCCGACCCAGACUCGGCGGAUUUUCUGUUCAUCCCAGCCUACCUGGGCUGGUCGAUCUGGUCGCUCGUGGAGCACGGGCUCUUCGUAGAUAGGGACCAGCCGGGAAUCGAACUCGAGCGCUUUCUUUUGGAAGAAAACCCGGAUUUCAAGAGGCUCGUGGAUCAGGGAAAUCACGUGCUGGUGCUGGGCCGGCCGAUAUGGGAUUUUAGGCGGGUGGCGGAGUGGGGAUCGGACCUGUGGUGGCGACCGACCUUCAAUAAUGUCACACUGCUUACUGUAGAGGCGACAAGGGAGUGGUAUGGGAGAGAGGUGUUUUCCAUUCCUUACCCAACGUCGUUUCAUCCAGUAGGCUCGGCAGACCUGCAGGGUUGGAUAGAUCACGUUCGGGACCACGACCGGCCGUUUUUGUACGCGUUUGUAGGUGGAAGGCGAGCCAAGGAGACGAUAGAGGGGGCACUGAGAGGAGCGUUACUGCGGGAAUGCGAGAGUGAUCCAGAAAAAUGCUUGAUGUUGGAAUGUUACGGGGCCGAUGCCGAAGCGGUAACUGAAGCAGCAGCCGAGAUAGGUCGGCACAUGGCCAGCAGGAUAGCAGAGGCAGCGGCAGCAAGGAAAGAGGGAGGAGUAGGGAAGGAGGAAGAGGAGAAGGAAGGGGGGGAGGAGGAGCCACAGGUGACCCUGAGAGGGUGUACUGAUCCCAGGAGAGUAGCUGGUGUGAUGCUGCAAGCUGAGUUUUGCCUCCAGCCUGUGGGGGACAGCCAAACCCGCCGAUCCUUCUUCGACUCAAUUAUUGCAGGCUGCAUUCCCGUGGUGUUUUCUCGGGACACCUUUGACUCCCAGUAUCCAUGGUUUUUCGACCCUGAACCGGAGGCGAGACGGAAGAUAUCAGUCAUGGUGGAUCCAGAGGAGGUGAUUUCGGGCAGAGUAAAGAUUGGAGAGUUGUUGGGGAAGAUUUCGGAGGAGAGGAAAGAAGAGAUGAGGAAGGAGCUGCGCCUUCACACUCCAAGGCUGUUGAUAAGGGAUCAUACGGUGGAGGGAGAGGUGGGGGAGGAGGGUCGGUUUGAGGAUAUGGUAGAUAUGACUAUCAAUGGCUUGGUUGAGAGGAAGAAGUUGAGAGAAGCUGGCGCUGCAGGUAGUUAUUUCCCCUGGUUUUUAGAUCGUUGAUUGUUCCCUCUCAGAGUAAUGUGGAAAUCAGAGUUUUUUAGGCUUAUAGGACUUGUUUGUUUUGUAAGCUAACUUCGUAGACAAA